UGUAGAUGGCGGCCACAACUUUAUGCACAUGAGCUCUGUGGUUGCCAGCUUAUUUUGAAGAACGACAGCAGCUACAGUGUUUUGUGAGUUGUGAUCUACACAGGAGUUACUUCUCGUAGCUCAACCAUUAGUUUAUCAACACAGUCCUGUGUCUGGCCGUUAGAGUAGGUCCUAUACCAUUCGAAAUAUCUUGUUGGAAACACACCGGAAAGGCUACCCUAUAACUUGUGAAUCGCGAUGUCUACUGGUCAUUCUGUUUUGAACGGUCCGUUAGUUGGUGUACUCGUCUUUCGCUAGAGUAAGCGUAAGGACUGGACAUUCGGGCGUUCACUAUAUAAUCUCAUCUUGUGUAAUUCUCCUGUAAUGAUGUCUCAACCGAUUGUCAGGUUUGUGUUUUGAACUCACAGCAACGUUCCAAAGACUAUGCCACAAUCUCUGAGGUGCUCUUUGUGUACCAGUCAUGAGUACAUGUUGAUCUAGGCGAGCUCAUCAACAUCAAGAUCAAACAACCUAACAGUUUCUUUUUCGUCUAUUUAUGUAACACAUUGUUCAGGAGUUGUUAGCUCGUAACUGAGUAGCAUAGAAGGAAAGGAAGGAAAGGAAGGUGUGUGUGUGUGUGUGUGUGUGUGUGUGUGUGUGUGUGUGUUGUGUGUUGUGUGUUGUGUUGUCUGUAGCUCAAUCGUAAGGGAGUUGCAUUUUGCAAGUAAGAUUUUCUAUUCUUAAUUAUGUAAAUGUGCAUCUGAUUGAUAAGAAUCAAUGCCAUCAUUGAUUAUUAUUUGUUUGAGUGAUUGAAAGUGUCAAACAUACAAGUCUUGUUGUUCUUCCUGAGUGUCGUUUUUGGUUGCAGUGCCAGCAACAACAAGGAAUGCAGUUACAUGCUUAGCUUGGUCUAUUGGAUGCCGCUUCAAACCAUUAAUUCCCAAUUGCUCCAAUGGUGCAUAUGUCAUUGAUGCUGGUGUUUGGAGCAGUGCGUAUCACUUGUCUUUGAUAAAUCAAUCUUCGGAAUGACUAGUGUACCAACCUAGAAGCAUGUGACUGUAAUAGAAUAAUGGUUUGACUGUAGAUGCAUAAGAGGGUCAUUGCAAUAUUAUUCAAUGGAACAACAGAGUUUGAUGGUCAGCUGUAGCCCACUUUCUGGUGCGUAUAAUGACUCCCAAACAGUAGAAUGAUAAUGUCUUGAUGACAUGUAUUUGGUGAAAGCAAAAUAGUCAAGGUUACUGCAGUGUGGGUGUGGUCUCUUAAUUAAUCAUGCAAUUACACAUUAGUGUUCCUUCAAUGCUAGACAUAAGAAAUCAGAUUGUUGGUGGUUUAAUUAAUGGAUAACUUUGUAUUUUUUCUAAGCAAUGACGCCGUGUGUAGAACAUGUGAAGAGCCAUUCGUUUCAUUCACAUGGACAGAAGCUGUUGUGUUAAUUCGCGUCAUGCUCAUGUUGCAAUGUAAUUUGUCGAUUACUAAUUGGGACUGCCAAACUUCCUGAACUUUUCUGUGUAAUCUCGUUCUCACUGGGUGUAGGUGUCAGUCUAUUGUAUUGAACUAACAACAGGUUACUGCGCAUUGCAGCUCUUUGUUCUCUACAAGAUGGCAGCACAUUUUGUUGUGGAAAUUCUGCUGUUAUUUUCAUGGCUUCAAGUGAUCUUUUGUGUUGAGAAAGCAUUGCCAUAUCAAUCAGUUCUUACUGGUCCUCGAGGUCCCCCUGGUCCAGUUGGUCAGAGGGGCUUACCCGGACCACCAGGAAGGAUGAGGGGCUUACCCGGACCACCAGGAAGGAUGGGAGAUCCAGGUCUUGUUGGCCCACAAGGUCUUCGUGGUCGUGUUGGUCAACCAGGACAGAAGGGGUCGAUUGGGCUGCCAGGUGAAAAGGGUGUAUCUGGAGUGAAAGGCAAGGCUGGACGAAAGGGAGAAAAAGGCGACAUUGGAUUGCGAGGUGCUAUUGGAUUAAAAGGAGAACGAGGUGAUGUAGGACAAAAAGGUGAAAAUGGAGUAGCCAGAGAAGUUGGUCGUAAAGGAUAUCAAGGCAUUCGUGGUCCAGUGGGUCCAAUAGGUUUGCGAGGAUUUAGAGGAUACAAAGGAGAGAAAGGCAUUCCUGGACUAACUCCACUUUCUGAAAUAAAGAGGCUAGAAAGUUUGGUAACAAGAUUAUACAAUGAACUGAAGGUUCCCAGGAUGUCUGUUGGUGAUGAAGCUGGUACAUGCAACAUGAGCACAUCAGGUGAUUUGUUCUACCACAAUACUAAGAAAUCUUUGCUUUUUUGUGAUUCUGAGCAUUGGGUUGAGAUAUCAUGGAAAUCAUACGAAUCUUGUUCUGCUGUUGAACAUAAGAUCAACUCUAUUCAGUUUGUGCAGAAAGUCAACUCUCGUUCACCUGUAAAGGUUUAUUGUGAUUAUUCUGUGAUCUCUAGUGGGUGUGCACUUGUAUGGAAACACUCAUAUUUUCAAGUUGGAAGUCCAACUGAUGACAUGCGUACUUUCAGUUCAGUUGAUCGUCCGUGUACUGAUCUGUCUGAUGGUUAGUGUAAUGUGGGUAAC